AUGGAGGCGGCCGGGCAGGCGCCCUCCGGGGCGGCCCUCGAGGCGAAGGUCGAGGGGACGCAGGACGCGGAGGAGGGCGAGAGGCAGCCCGAGGCAGAGGGCGCGGAGGAGGCCGCGGAGGUGAACGGCGAGAAACCCGAGGCCGAGGCGGACGAGGGCGCGGAAAACGGCGAAAAGGCGGAGGAGGGUGCAAAGGAGGAGGCGACGGAGGAGAAGGAGGAGGCGAAGGACGGGGAGGAGGCGAAAGACGCGAAGGAGGAGAAGGCAGAGAAGAUUGAUGGCGAGGGCGAAGAGAAGAAGGGCGAGGAGGAUGCAGAGAAGAAGGGCGAGGAGACGGCCGAUGCGACGGCGGCGCCCGAGGGGGGCGAGGGCGCGGGCGGAGCCGCCGCAGCGGGCGAGGCGGCGACAGAGGGAGCCCAGGAGGGCGCGGCGCCCCCGGAGGAGGGCGCCGAGGGCGCGAAGGAUGGCGAGGCAGAGGAGGGGAAGACGAAGGCCGAGCCUACCUCAGCUCACUGCGUCGAGCUUGCCCUGAUGGUCAGGCUCCCGGAGCGUUCCGUGGGUACCGCGGGCCCGUAG